AUGCCUUCUUCCAGUGAUAUUACUAUUUGUCUUAUAUCUCUUUUCGCCUUCACUUUCUUCCUCCAAGCAUCAGCUGAAGUUGCAUCUGACCACCUCGGCUAUUCUUGUAUUAACCAACAAAAUUUCACGGUGGGAACUCAUUAUGAACUCAACCUCAACAAACUCACAGGCCUUCUCGACUACCUAACACAACCCUCGGGCUAUGCUCAAGCUUCCGUAGGCCAGGCAUACGGGCUUGGUUUAUGUCGAGGGGAUGUGUCUUCAUUUGACUGUUUGACAUGCAUUACGAAAGCUGGUAUUGAGGUCCGCAAACUUUGUUCAGGAAACAAAGGGGCUGUUAUAUGGUAUGACUAUUGCAUGUUCAAGUACCUUGAUCAAAAUUUCUUUGGUCAGAUCGAUAAUGGUGUUGCAGUUUUUCUUUUAAAUGUCAAUAAUGCAACUAAUAACCAGACUCUGUUUAAGCAGAGAAACAGUGAGUUAUUGGAUAAGUUAUCAGAAGAGGCUUCUAUUAGUUCAAAACAUUACGCGAGAGGUGAGAUAGUCGUUGAUGUGAAUACUACCAUUUACGGUUUAGCUCAAUGUACAAGAGAUCUUUCAAGCUAUGACUGUAAGAAGUGCCUCGAUGGCCAAAUUUAUAGCGAUUUACCCCUGGAAAGGAUAGGUGGGAGAGUUCUCGAAGGGAGUUGUAAUGUAAGGUUUGAGGUGUACCCCUUUUUGAAGCUCUAA